AGUUUACUUCAAAAUUUAUUGAUUAGUCUUGAAGGUAGUGACAAUUCAUUAGAGGGAGUAUUCUAAUAAUCUGAAAAUAUUCGAAUUUCGAUGAAUUUUUAAACGUACAAACCAAACAUUCAGACUUAUAAGUUAUGAUGUCUGCUGCGGGGACACCCUCAACAGAUCCAUGGGUGAUUCUAGCUAGAGAAAGAGCUAGAUACGAAGAGCAGUUUAAAUCAUUGAAACCCAACAAUGGUAUCAUCACCGGAGAACAAGCUAAAUCGUUUUUCUUACAAUCCCAGCUACCACCCAUCAUAUUGGGUCAGAUAUGGGCACUAGCAGAUACUGAUGCAGAUGGAAAAAUGAACAUAGAAGAAUUUUCAAUAGCAUGUAAGCUUAUUAAUUUAAAAUUACGCGGUUUUGACGUUCCCAAAGGACUUCCCCCGUCUCUUCUAGCUUCCCUUAAGGGUAAUACACCUCCUGCUAUUCCUCCAUUACCAAAUACAAACCUUGUUCAUCCUCCAACUAGACCUGAACCUCCUAAAAUCCCCCCUAUGCUGACGACACAACCGGUUGUACCACCACAACAACCGUUAUUACCGAAUCUAAUUGGACCAACAUCAAGCAAUAUUCAGGGAAGUGGGAUUCAAACAGGAGUGAUCCCACCUAUGUCUAAUUUUACUACAACUAUUCCUACAGGAAUUGUUCCACCUAUGCAGUCAACUACACCUCUAGUUCAACCGCUUAUUGAUUCAGUACCACCAAUGCCUUCCGCAGUUCCUCUAGUUUCUGGAAUACCUCUUUCUUCAUCUACUGUUCAACCUAUUAUGCCCAAUACUGCUUUAGGAUCAGUUCCAAUGAUACCCCCAGUACCGGUUAAUACUGUUGCACCAUUAACAGGUCCCGGUAUGUCACCUGGUCAAUCGGUAGGAGUGGUUAGUAGACCAGGGGCUACUAGUACACCUAGAGCUAGUGUUACCAGUUUGGAAAGGACCCAUUCAAUUGAAUCUGUAUCAAGUCAACCAGAAUGGUCGGUUCCUCAUCAAACAAAGUUGAAAUACACACAAAUAUUUAAUACGACCGAUAGGACACGUAGUGGGUUCUUAUCAGGAGCUCAAGCUAGAAAUGUUAUGGUACAAACGAAAUUGCCACAGAAUAUUUUAGCGCAGAUUUGGGCUUUGUCUGAUAUGGAUUCAGAUGGUCGUUUAGGUUGCGAAGAAUUCGUUUUAGCUAUGCAUUUAUGUGAACAAGCUUCUUUAGGACAUCCUCCUCCAACGAAAUUACCACCGGAUCUUGUACCACCUUCGUUUAGAAGAACUAGAACUACUUCGGUUUCUAGUCAAGGUAGUGGUGCUCCAGUAGAUCAAGAUCCGGCGUCAACUUUAUUGCAACAGAAUUCGUUUGAAGAUAAGCGUAAAGAGAAUUUUGAAAAAGGUCAAGCGGAAUUAGAACGCCGACGAAAAACGUUGUUAGAUCAACAAAGACAAGAAAGAGAGGAGAGGGAAAGGAAAGAAAGGGAGGAGCAAGAGAAGAGGGAGAGAGCUAGACAAGAAGCCGAGAGGAAACGAUUGGAAGAAUUGGAAAAGCAAAUGAGGGAACAACAAGAAAAAGAACGACUAAUAGAAGAAGAAAAGAAGAGACAAGCAGAACAAAGGGAGGCUGCUAGAAAGGAAAUGGAACGACAGAGACAAUUAGAAUGGGAAAAACAAAGAUUACAAGAAUUACAGAAUCAAAGACAAAGAGAACAAGAGACUGUACUCAAAUUGAAAGCUAAAAAUCAGAGUCUCACUAUAGAAUUGAAUACAUUGAACGAACAAGUUAGAGAACUGUCUCAAAAAAUAUGUGAUACCAGAAUGGGUGUAUCGAACGUUAAAACGACCAUCGACGGAAUGAGAUCUACAAGAGAUUCGCAAAUGCAAGAAAUGUCUCAACUCAAAAACAAACUCAAAGAACAAAACUCCAAAUUAUUAGCGCUAUCUCAAGAAAAGAUCAAACUUGAAGCUAAAAAUAAAGUAAACACACUAGAUUCGGAGCAAACGAAGCGAGCCUUCGAAAAUAAAGAAGUUACCAUUAAAAAUCUCAAAACAAAGGUCGAGGAUAUGGAAGGGGAAAUAGAGGGUAAAAUGGCUGACAUUGAAAACAACAACAGCCAAUUGAAGGACCUGAAAACUGAUCUGAAGAAUUUAUUGAACGAAUGCGAACAACUUUACACAGUAUACGAAGUAAAGAGAAAUACGGUUUUAGAAAUGAAAAAUUCCAAUAAAAUCAACGAAUUAGACGCUUGGAAAACCAGUGAUUCAUGGGGACCCAACGUUGAUGAAACUACAUCGGAAUGGCCGACAGAUAAUUGGAGUACGUCUACUGAUAUGUCGAAUUUACCAGGGGUUGUUAAAUACAGGGCGUUGUAUGAAUUCGUGGCGAGGAAUAACGACGAAAUUUCCUUUCAACCCGGAGAUAUUAUAAACGUGCCGAAGGAACAAACAGGAGAACCGGGAUGGUUAGCUGGGGAAAUCAGAGGACAUACCGGUUGGUUUCCUGAAGCUUACGUCGAACCGAUUGAUGGUAUCGGCGUAAAAGACGAUUUCGGUUCGAAUCAAUCGGCCGGUCUCGAAGAAACUGAAGCUAAACGUUUAGAAGGGAUAGCCGAAGUUCCCGAAGGAUCUGAUACGACUAAUUCGUUCGAACCUACCCCCGGUGUUACGCAGAUCGAAACCCAACCGGUUGUGGUGGAUCAGAAAGUUUCUGAAGAUGAAAUCGAGUAUUACAUUGCUAAUUAUCCGUAUCAGUCACAAGAACCAGGUGAUUUAACGUUCAACGCAGGUGAAAUGAUAGCAGUAAUUAAAAAAGAAGGCGAUUGGUGGACGGGAAAACUUGGAGACGCGAUCGGCAUUUUCCCGAGUAAUUACGUACAAAAAGUCGACGUGAAUUCGACCGCCGCCGCUGCACCAACGGAUACGAUCGUGCAGGAUCCGGCGCCUUCUCAACCGCCACCGGUGCUUUCGACGGCGGUAUCCGCCGAAGCGGUAAAAACAGCUUUGGCUAGCGUCAAUGCACAAGCGCAAGCCGAUAACGAAGUAUCACAAUUAACGAACAAAACUAAAGAAGAAUCUCCAGUACAGAUUAAUUCGCAGGUUUCCAAAAAUAAAAAACCGGAAAUAGCGUCGGUUAUAGCGCCUUAUCAAUCGACCAGUCCGGAGCAAUUGUCUUUAGCUAGGGGUCAGUUGAUAAUGAUAAGGAAAAAAACCGAUUCCGGUUGGUGGGAAGGGGAAUUGCAGGCGAAAGGUCGGAAAAGGCAGGUCGGGUGGUUUCCGGCUAGUUACGUUAAAGUUUUGAAUAGUUCCGGAAGGAUAAGCGGUCGGACGACUCCGGUGUCUACUACUCGUAUGCAACAGGAAGUUGUUAUAGAUAAAGUGAUCGCUUUGUAUCCGUAUACAGCUGGCAAUCCUGACGAAUUGACAUUUGCUAAAGACGAUAUUAUUAGUGUAACGGCUAGAGAAGAAGAGGCUUGGUGGAGGGGUGAACUUAACGGCGUUUCUGGAUUGUUCCCCAGUAACUAUGUCGCUCCAUUACAAUCUCCCCAAGUACAGCCCGGAAUAAAUAAGAAACGUCGGGAAUGUGUCAACGAAUUUAUACAAACCGAAAAAACAUACAUCCACGAUAUGUCGCUAGUCCACGAAGUUUUCGAAGAACCUCUGCGAAAAUGCAAAUUGAUAUCUCCCAAAGAAAUCGAUGAUAUUUUCGUCAAUUGGCAAGAUAUAAUCGAUUGUAACAAAUCUUUUUUGAGAGAUUUAUUAAACGCGAAUAAAUCUGGUAGCGAUAUGAUCGGACAUAUAAUUUGCAAACACCUACCGGAAAUGAAAGCUUACGUAACUUUUUGCGGUAAACAAUUGGAUAGUGCAGCUCUUUUACAAAAAUUGACCGAAAAUUCGACGGCUUUUAGGGAACAAGUAAAAAAAUGUCAAAAUAACGUAGCAACAAAAGGGAUGCCUUUAUCCUCUUUUUUAAUAAAACCAAUGCAGAGGAUUACUAGGUAUCCUCUUCUAAUUAAUAAAAUAUUAGAAAACACCCCUAAAAAUCACCCAGAUUACAAAAAUCUUCGACAAUCUUUGAAAAUAUCCGAAAGUUUUUUGAAUAGCAUCAACGAAAACGUCAGGUUAAAAGAAAAUGAGGACAGGUUAAAUUGGUUGCAACAAUGUGUUCAGAACGAUUUGAAUUUGGUAUUCGAUAGCGAAACUAAUAAAUUGGGGCCACGUCAAUUAUUACAUUACGGCGUUUUUAAUAAAUUGAAGAGUAACAAGGAGUUGCUCGGUUUUUUGUUCAACGAUUUUUUUAUGUUUGUACAGGCUACGAAAAGUUUGGGGGGCCAAUUUACCUUUCAGAUUAACGGAAAUGUCUCCUAUAAAAUUUAUAAACAGCCAAUUUUAAUGCAGCAUUUAUUAGUAACUAGAGAAAGUGGUGAAAAUAUGGAAAACGGUACCGAUUCCAAUAGAAUUUUGAAUAUACACGACGAAAAAAAUACUUAUAAGAUAUCGGUUCUCGUUCAUUCGGUGAGCGAAUGCAAUUUUUGGAUGAAAAAAAUCGAAAAUGCGAAAGAAACGUGUUUGAAAAUGUUCAAUUUGAAUUUGCAAAAUAAAAGAAAAACACUACCUUAUAGUCGGAGAAUAUUAUCGGUGACUGUACUCGAAGCUUACGAAUUGAUCGUAAGGAAAAGCGGCGAAAAUGGCGGCAUUUUUAAUUAUUGGAAAGGUAAAACCCAUACGGAUAACAUCUAUUGCAAGGUGUUGUUGGGUACCCAAGAACAGGAAACAGACGUGGCCAAAGAAAAUAUAAAUAACGGUAAUAACAUACAAAACGGCGCCCCCCACAUUCCGGCUUUGGUGUGGAAUUACAGCAUGCAGUUUCAACUCCGGAAUAUAAAUCAAGAGAAUCUUAGUUUUGUCGUUUAUAAACAAAAUCUUUUCAGUCCGGACGAAUUUUUAGGACGAGCCGAAUUGAAAAUAAAGGAUAUUUUGAGGGAUUCCCAAAAUCACAACGGUCCCUUAACUAAAAAGCUCAUCUUGCACCAAGUCGAAUCCGGUGAAAUAACCGUUAAAUUAGAUUUACAUUUGUUCGACAAUUUUUUUUGAAUAUACCUCGUAGCUAUCAAAACGCAGUUAGUUUUUUCGAAAUAGUAGAGAUGCAACUAUUCGUUUGUACAAAAAAAAUAUUUUGUUUAACAAAUUUUUUUAUCUAAAAUUAUAGUGCAAAAAGUUUUUUAAGAAAUUUUUUCGUUCCCCAAUUUUUACUAUCAAAUUUGUAUUAGUAAUACUUUUAUUAGUAUCUAAAUACGUCCCUGCAAUUCACACAAUCUAAUUUACAAAUUACGCUUUAUUCUCACUGUAUACGUAGCAGUAGCCACUGCCGAUUUAUUUAUAUCAUAACAUUCCAAUAUGCCUGCAUCAUAAUCGUCUAUCUUUCUUCCUCCUACUACUAGCCAUAUAUAGGAACUUAACCUCAAAAUAUUUCACGUUCAUAAAACGAAUUUUGGUAAUGGUUACUAUGCCAAUUAACGUAAAUUUAGAGCGAGAUGAUAAUUCGCUAUUUAUUCCGAAGUGUUCAUGAAAUUAUUAUUGUUGUAGACAAUAUAUUUAUCAAAAAUGCUCAUUGUUAUGAAAGCUUUAAUAAAAUCAAAUAUAUAACGUUCAAUAAUUAUGAUUAAUAUCAUUUUACAAUUUUAGCUAUGUACCAAAUAAAUUGAUACAAUCGGUAUUUGAAAAAGUUAUUGAUUCCAAGUGUUUUUUAUGCAAAAAAUUAUAUUUUAACGAAAAAAUAAAUUCCACUAAUAAUAAUUGUAAUAAAUCUCGACCAAUAAGUGGAACAGUUUUAUAACAAAUCAAAAGCUUUCUCGAUUUUUUCCUAUUUUAACAAUUUCUACUAAUUAAUUUGCAGUUUUUCCAUUUAUUUUAGGUUAAUGUAUGUUUUUUUUGUACUUACUCCCUUUUUUACACACUUUAAUUUCUUGUUUAAAUAUAUACAGGACGUUUAUAACAAGCCGGUGACUUUAUUUGUACCAAAUAACGUUUUUGACAUAUUUUUUAUUCGAUAUUUUGAAUUGUUAAGUUUAUUUUUUUGAUUUUCAUUUCAUUUAUGUUUUAUUUUGAAAUAUCCUAUUCUAGUUUGAUGUUGAUUAUACUUUUAGCUUUCCUUGCACAAAAUCAGACAUUUUGACAUAUACGUUAAUGAUUUUUGUUAAUUUUCGUAGAGCAUUUAAAGACACAACUUCGUAUUACUAUUUUAUACUAAAUUGAAAUGAUACUGUAUAAUUUUUUUAUAAAAUAUUUGUUAUUUCAAUCAUAAAUGUUUAAAAAUUGUUCAAUAUACACACAUUCAGUAUUAAAAA